CCAUUGUGUGACUUAAUCCUUAUGUCUGCGUCGCGGCCCAUUACUCGCGGAGAGGGCGGGAGUAUUGCCGUGACAUAAUCGGCGGCGUCUGCUACCGCUAUAUCAGGAGGGAGAGCGAGUGAGGGAGGGCCCAGACGACUCAUGAACAGAAUAUUUAGCCUCCUCCACUCCUCCGCUAUAAUGUUAGUGUUCGUGCUGUCCGUCUUGACACUGCACGGUGUCCACGCAGCUUGCAACGUGGUAAGAAACAAACAAAACAAGUACAGAAGGUUAAGCACUCCUUUAGACAUUUGUUCUGGUAUUAAAGGAGAUGUAUUUAUACAUACUGCACAUUGUGUUAUUAUACAUUAUAUUCAAACCCAUUCAUUUGCCUCUUAUAUUGGAAAAGCUCCAUGGAAACAAAUAUACAUUGUUUCCAUGGAGAUUGAUUAUCGUGGGCACACACAUGCAUUCACACAUGGCAUGUGCACAUUUGCAGGGAUUUGCCCGACCGACCCGGCGAUCGAGAACCAGAUCGUGGACGCUCACAAUGCGUUCAGGAGAGCGGUCCAGCCGUCUGCAGCCAACAUGUUGAAAAUGAUCUGGAGUAAUGACGUGGCAGCUCUUUCCCAGGCCUGGCUGGACCAUUGCAUGCUAAAACACGGUCCACCCAGUAGCAGAAUGUUGAACGGCUAUGAGUUGGGGGAGAAUCUCUUCUACUCGACCAGUGCACUGGACUGGGCAACAGUCAUCACAGCCUGGCACAACGAGGUCCAACACUACACGUACCCAAACGGCUCAGGGAAUGGAGAAUCCGUGGGCCACUACACACAGGUGGUGUGGAACAGCUCUUGGCAGGUGGGCUGCGGAAUGACCAAGUGUGGGAGCAAAUACUUCUACGGCUGCCAGUACUACCGCGCGGGUAAUUAUGUAGGAUGGCCUCCAUAUAAAGAAGGAACUGCCUGCGAUUCCUGUCCAAAUAACUGUGAAGACAAACUCUGUACCAACCCGUGUCAAUAUAUAAACAGAUUCCUCAACUGUCCGGCUCUGAAAAAAGAGGCAGGGUGUGGCAACCACUGGGUCAAUUUAUGGUGUCCCGCCGAAUGCAAGUGCCCCAAUGAGAUCAUCCCAGUAUACAGGAAGAAAUGAAUCCCCCCUGAUGCAUGAAAUCGCUAACGUCCUGUAUGCUAAGGGUGUGUGUGCUAGAAUCUGAUCAAGUAAUGUAUAGCGCCAUCGUGAUGUUGAUGAAUGAUUAAUCAACAAAAAUGUUUACCUUUCCACUUCAGACCAUCUAUGUCACAGAUAUAUCUGCGUCUCAGACAAAGAGGAGGCCAAUUUGAUUAAGAUUAGGUAAUAUUCUAUAUGUUUUAAGACUAAAUGAACAGGCAAAUGCUGAUGGUUGCAUGGUUGCAUUUUAAAUUGUCCUCCCUGGGUGAGAAUUAUCAUUUUAGAUAUACAUUUUUCUUUGAAUCUUUCAGAAGUUAAACACGUAUGCCCAGUAUGCCCAGGCCUAUGCUUUGCAAGAAUCCACAUAGGAGUAUAAAUCACAAUACAUAAAGUGUUAUACAAAUACUAUUUGAAAUAAAUUAACAAACUGAGAAAAACCCUGAUGAAUAAUAACAUUACAACUGGUAGGUAUUUACCAGAAAGAGACAAGUGAAGGGUUACUGGGUAAUUUAAAGUGGUGAUUCACUUUAGAUUCUCCCACAGACAUAUCAGGUGUGCUUCUUUCUAACGAUCAAAGAAAUGCUCACAAUCCUCAUCAAUAAAAAGUCUGGAAUGUGUUUAAUCUGAUUAUAAUGGAAUAAAUGAGCAGAUGCAGAUGUGGUUUUCCGUUCAUUCUAUGUUGGUUGUUCAAAUGAAGCUCAAGGUACUUUAUCAAGAUUAACAAUAGAGGAUACUCCUAACAGUAAUCCAUUGCUGUCAGUAGGUGGCUCUAUUGUACAACACUCCGAUUAUUGAUUAGAGAGGAGGGAUUUGCAGUCAAGUCAGUGUUUAAACAUUCAAACAAUACAGCUCAUAAACUUCAAAAACUAAACAAAUAAAGAAAUUAAAUGGCUUGUGACUCUUAUCUAAGGCUGUUUUCUUUAUUGUCACUCAAACACACACACACACACACACACACACACACACACACACACACACACACACACACACACACACACACACACACACACACACACACACACACACACACACACACACACACAAACACACACACACACACACACACACACACACACACACACACACACACACACACACACACACACACAGAAA